AUGGGCGUCGAAAGCGAUCCAGGAACGGUUCCCACGACGAGCCCAGACAAGAAACAAAUCCUGCCCUUUCUUUGUCCCCCUUCUGAUGAAGAAGCACGACAGUAUUACUUUGGUCUACCAUCGUUUCCGCGCCUUGUCGGUCGUGCUUCUGCUGGAAUAGAGCGAUGGGAGACAUUCAAAGAGCAGUAUACUCGGCAGAAACACGUCAGUCACAAAAGACCUGCAGAGAAGGUGCUUAGUGCAGUUGGCGCCCACAAAAUCCUGGUCUGUUGGAAAGACGUGCGUCCCGACAUCCUCACGGCCAUAGACCGCCUCCCUUGGUCGUCAGUGGACGUAUGCCGCAUCGGUUUCUCGGCCGCAGCUCCCUCGGAGCGGCCCAUCGUUGUGUGGGUCGGCAUCAAUGGGGAUUCCACAAAAUCAUGCGAUCUGCCGUGGGAGGAUGUUGCGGAGGCGUUUCGUUCGUGCCGGCAGAUCCUCGAUCACGCGGGCUUGGACGACGUCGAUUGCCAGCUUCGCAUCUCCAGAGUGAUCUCGCUGGCGGGCCCACGGCUGCUGAAGCCUCUUCCCAUGGUAUACGGCCCGUGGCACUACAUCGGUCAAAGAUUCACGGCGUCUAUCGGCUUGUCAUUCUCCCCGCUCGAACGGCCCACACUAGAGGGCUCACUGGGAGUGUUUCUGACCACCGAAAGUAAGACGGCUGGAGACGGACCGCUACUGGCGGUCACUUGCCGCCAUGUCGGAAUCCCGAGCAAAGACAACCCCGACAAUGCCUACUUUCGGUUUCAAGAUGACGGCAAGAAGCGCGCAGUGGGCCUUAGUGUGCAGAGCAAGGCGAAAGAAUGGAUCAAGGAACUGUCCGACCUCAAAAAUACGACAGCUGGAAGCGCAGUGGGAGCAGAGGUGACCGAAUUCUACGAAGCCGUCAAAGUUUUUGGGUCCGACGACGCCCGGAAGAUCGGGCAUGUGAUUUUGUCUCCGCCCAUCGGCCUGCAGCAGACGGCGGCCACUUGGACACGGGAUUGGUGUCUGCUGGAGCUCGACCAGAGCAAGUUUCUGGGCGGCGAAAAGCCCGUCAAUGUUGUGGAUCUCCGCACGUACAUGGCACCCUCAGCCGUGAACGAGCUGCUCAACUCCCAUGUACGAGACGAGAAGAGGUUCGAGUUCCCCGACAAUGGACUCCUUCGUCUCCCCGGCGUCAUUCCAUUGGCCGAGAUUCGAAAUCCGACCAUGUGUGACAAAGAUGGCGAGAACUGCAUCAUAGUCGGGAAGCGGGGAGCAAUCUCCGGCUUGACCUGGGGCGCUGCUUUGGAUUUGGAGUCGACGGUGCGGGAUUGCAUGCCCGACGGAAGUAUAUUCACAUCAUACGAGUGGGCCAUUCACGGCUCGCUUCCGAAAAAGACGGUUCCUUUCAGCGGAGCUGGCGAUUCGGGAGCGGCUGUGUUUGAUCUUCAAGGACGUCUGGGCGGAUUUGUGACUAGGGGCACGAAAACGGAUCUCGGGCUGGACGUGGAUAUCACAUAUGCUACGCCGGCAGAGCUUGGCCUUGCCGAUAUCGAAAAGGAGCAUGGACAGAAGGUCGUUCUUCUGUAG